AUGUUCAAGUUACUCGGACUAACGCUGUUGUUGACGGCGACGGUGCUGGCACGUCCAGAGCCGCCAGUGAACUCCUACUUGCCUCCCUCGCCCUCCGACAGCUAUGGCGCACCGGGUCAGGGUCAGGGGCAAGGACAGGGACAGGGCGGCUUUGGCGGUAAACCUUCAGAUCAAUAUGGUGCUCCUGGAAACGGUCGUCCCUCGAGUAGCUACGGUGCUCCUGGUCAGGGACAAGGUCAGGGCGGAUUUGGCGGCAAGCCCUCGGAUCAAUAUGGUGCUCCUGGCAAUGGCAAUGGCAACGGUCGUCCAUCGAGCAGCUAUGGAGCUCCUGGCCAAGGACAAGGCGGCAAGCCCUCGGAUCAAUAUGGUGCUCCUGGCAAUGGCAAUGGCAACGGACGUCCAUCGAGCAGCUAUGGAGCUCCUGGCCAAGGACAAGGCGGCAAGCCCUCGAAUCAAUAUGGUGCUCCUGGUAAUGGCAAUGGCAACGGUCGCCCCUCGAGCAGCUACGGUGCUCCCGGUCAGGGACAAGGACAGGGUGGAUUCGGUGGCAAGCCUUCGGAUCAAUACGGCGCACCUGGCCGUGGCAAUGGAAAUGGCAAUGGUCGCCCCUCGAGUAGUUACGGAGCUCCUGGACAGGGACAGGGACAGGGACAAGGCGGCUUUGGUGGCAAACCCUCCGAUCAAUAUGGUGCUCCUGGCAAGCCUUCCGAUCAAUAUGGUGCUCCUGGUAGUGGCAAAGGUAAUGGUGCUCCUUCAUCCAGCUACGGUGCUCCCGGUCAGGGACAAGGGCAGGGCGGAUUUGGUGGCAAGCCCUCCGAUCAGUAUGGUGCUCCUGGCAAGCCUUCCGAUCAGUAUGGUGCUCCUGGCAAUGGCAAUGGUCGACCAUCGAGUAGCUACGGUGCUCCCGGUCAGGGACAAGGACAGGGUGGAUUCGGUGGCAAGCCCUCGGACUCGUAUGGUCCUCCGGCCUCUGGAGCUGGUGCUGGUGGCGGUGCUGGUGGUGCCGGUGGUGGUGCUGACUAUGACAACGAUGAACCCGCUAAGUACGAAUUUAAUUACCAAGUUGAAGACGCUCCAAGUGGGCUCUCAUUUGGGCAUUCAGAGAUGCGCGACGGUGACUUCACCACCGGCCAGUACAAUGUUCUGUUGCCCGAUGGAAGGAAGCAAAUCGUUGAGUACGAGGCCGAUCAGCAGGGAUACCGUCCACAGAUCCGUUACGAGGGCGAUGCCAAUGGCAACGGUGGAGCUGGCGGUCCAGGUGGUCAGGAUUUGGGUCAAGGCGGUUACUCCAGUGGUCGUCCAGGUGGUCAGGAUUUGGGUCAAGGCGGUUACUCCAGUGGUCGUCCAGGUGGUCAGGAAUUGGGUCAAAAUGGUUACUCUGGCGGUCGUCCCGGUGGUCAGGAUUUGGGUCAAAAUGGUUACUCUGGUGGUCGUCCCGGUGGUCAAGAUCUGGGACAAAAUGGUUACUCUGGCGGUCGUCCCGGUGGUCAGGAUCUGGGACAAAAUGGUUACUCUGGCGGUCGUCCCGGUGGUCAGGAUCUAGGCCAAAAUGGUUACUCAGGCGGUCGUCCCGGUGGUCAGGAUUUGGGACAGAAUGGCUACUCCGGCGGUCGUCCUGGCGGCAACGGUGGCUCCGAUGGUGGCCGCGUGAUCAUCGGCGGACGUGUCAUUGGCCAGGACAAUGGUGAUGGUCAGGGUUACUCAAAUGGACGUCCUGAUGGGCAAGAUGGCGGUUUCGGACAGGACAACACCGACGGUCGUGGUUACUCCAGCGGCAAGCCCGGACAGGGACGCAACGGAUUCGGACCAGGUGGACAGAAUGGCGACAACGAUGGCAGCGGCUACAGAUAUUAAAUAUGGCAAACUGACUCCGAGACACAAACUAGCUAGCAUUCGAGAUGAAAUAUUGGAAGAAGUAGAUCAAUACCUAGAACUUAAGACUCUUUAGAACUAUGAACUAGUUACCAUUACCAUUACCAUUACCAAUACCAUUACCAUUAUUGGUCUAUCAUCCUGACUAUAUACUCUAUACACAUCUCACGCUAUCUCAUCCCAUCUUCCGUUCACAAACAUUUCAUAACUCCAACUUCAAUCCCAUUUUAGCAUAAGUUGAACUUGUUGUAGAUGCAAAUCAGAAAAAAAUAUUCUGCUCACAAGUGGCAAAGAACCCAAAAAAAAUAUACAAAUCAAGAUUUGUUAAACUUAAGAAUUGCUUGUCCAUAAGUAUGUGAAGUAAUAAAGACAUAUUUUUUUAAA